CCCGCGAGGUGCAAGGCGAAUUCUCGGCGGGGCGUGCACAACCCGACAGACGAACCCUCGUCUAUUCUCGCGAUAUCCUCCGGGAUCUGCGUUCUUCUCGUCCAGCAUGGCCGCGCUGUAUGAGGGAUACACGUUGUGCGGGCUCACUCCAGCUCAAAACCAGGCGAAUUCAGGCAUCCAGGGGGUCGAAGCGGAGAGAGACAGCGACCACGUCGUCGUCACCGACUCCACCAGAUCCGUCACGCUGUACAAGGUUUCGGACCAGAAGCCCCUGAGCAGCUGGACGGUGAAACAAGGACAGACUCUGACCUGUUCAGCAGUCUACAACUCACACACCAAGGAAUAUGUGGCAGUCUCAGACAGCAAGGUUAUCAGAAUUUGGAAGGAAGAAGACAUACUCUUGGAUAAGGCCUUCAAAGCGACCGUGUCAUCAGAUGUCUGGAGGGUCCACUGUGUGGCCGGAGGGGAGCCUGUGGUCUUGUUCCACAGAGGAGCUGUGAGGUUCCUGGACUCCCUACUUUCUGCUCCCCAGCAGCCCAUUGAGGAAGUCCUGGCUCAAGAGGAGGCCAUUAGGUGGAGCACCAACAUAGUGACGGAGUCACAGCAGUUUGUCAUCUUCACAACCGAGCAGAAAGGAGAUCAUUUCCUGUACCUGCAGAGACUGAAUCCCAACAGCCUACAGAGGUACCGGCUGGAGAGGGAGGAGCCGGGUCUUUCCCCGCUCAGCUUCUCUGUUUCCUACAGGGAUAAACACAUCCGCCUGCUUUACCUCUACCCUAACGGUCAUGUAUACCAGAGUGUCGUCUCUGUGAGGGGCCCGGUGGCUGAUGAGGGGGCCCAGCCUCUUCCGCUGCCCCGCAGCCUGCUGCUGGGUCUCCCUGUGGGCGAUGGCCUGCUGGAGGAGGCAUCGGCUCAGGCUCUGGACGACGCCCAUGUAGCGGUUGUGGGGGUUCCACACCCCUCUGCCGGAUCUGGAAAAGACUUCCUCUGCAUCUGGAAUACCAAUUUCCAGACACUUCAGGCAGGAAAAGAGAUGGCGGGUAAAAUCUACGGCCAGCUGUGGAGUUUUUGCAACAAGGUAUUCAUCCCACAUGGGAAAACCCUCUCUGUUAUUCCAUACGAGUGCCCCAAAUCCUCCCUGGCCGCUGCACUUGGAAAACUGAGGCAGGCCAAGCCUGAAGAGUCCAAAGCUACCACUUCUGUACCAUCUUGGAAUAACAUCCUGCAUGAAGAGAAAGCUCAUCCCUCGAGAACAGUGGAGACCAGGAAGACGAGAACAAGCCGUAAGAGCCAAUCAGCAUCUAGUUUAACAAAUGACCAAAUUCUGGAGCUCAUCAAGACAACACCAGUAGAAGAGGUCCAGAGAGAGGUGGAGUUGCUCCUCUCAAGGACCGACAUCCAGGACCUGCAGCCCUUGGUGGGGCAGAUUGCAUCAACCCUGGUGUCCCGGAGCCUGGAUGAUCCAGCCUUCUACACCCCCAGCAGCCUGGCUCAGCUGGUGCACACCCGCUGCCUCUGCCACAGUGUGUGUCCUGACCUUGUGCUCCUGGCCCUGGAGAGGAAGGACUACUUCCUGUGUCAGCUCUGCUUGCAGUUCUUCCCCGACAUCCCUGAAGCUGUCACCUGUGCCUGCCUUAAGGCCUUUAUCAGUAUGUCAGACGUUGAUGCAGAGAAUGCGAGCCUGGAGCCCGACAGCGUCUCCUCCAUGGAAACCCUGAUUGCUGGAGAGCGCGGGCCGGUCGGCUUGCAGAAUGGUUUCAGCCCGUCCUCCGCUGGCGAGGACCGCUCGGACGGCCUCGUUGGUGCAGGCGGCACCAGAGCACCACAAGACAAGGAGAAGACCCUAACUCCACCAGAACAGAUCUGUCCAGUGGGGUUACACAAAGCUGUUCUACUAAAUGAGGUCCUGCAGACGGCGUACAGUGACUCUUUCCUCCUCCCGCACCUAAAAGAUCUCUCUUCCCAAAAUGUUGUUCUCUUCCUCCAGUACCUGCAGUUCCUUUACCUGAAAUAUUCCCAAGAUGCUUUCCCACAGAUGCCUGGAUCGAGAUCACCAAGCCUGACUCAGAUCAUGGAUUGGGUAUGCUUGCUGCUGGACGCUCAUUUCACAGUGCUGGUGAUGACUCCAGAGGCCAAAGGCUUACUGCUGAACCUCCACAAAUUUGUCAAGUCUCAGGUGAGACUGGUUUCUGAGCUUGGAAAGAUCGAGGGCAGUCUCCAAGAGCUCAACAAGAUGAAGAUGGCGAAGGACGUGGGACAGUACUCCAUUGAAAUCAUUGAGCUGUUUUAGAACGUGUAUACUUUUAAAAACAUCUUUGAGCAUAUUGUGUAUUUCCAACUUUUCACCUGUAGUGGCUUCCAGGUUGUUUACCUGUCCCAAAUGGUAAAAUAUUAAGUGUUUUUUUUGGGGAAAAAAUGCUAUCCAUCAGAUUUAAGAUGUGUGAAUUUCCCUGUAUAUGAAUUCUUGGUGUAAGUUGCCAAUGUCUUUGAACCAUGUAAAUGUGUUCAAGAUGAUAGAAAUUUGACCAUGAAGAAAAUAUGAUUUGCCUGAUGAAUAAAUCGCCUGCUCAAUGUCAAACUGGUUAAUAAUUGUAAAAUGCAUACAAUCAUAGCAGGACUCUACCAUUGAACAGAACUGUGAGAAUGAAUGGCUGCUUCUGUCAGCUGUGACUGUACUGGAUUUUCCACAGGAAAGCCUUUUUAUAUUGAAUACAAAUAUAUAACUAUCAGAAAACUAAUCCAUG